AUGUACUGGCUUAAGCAGGGGGACAUGUCUGGCACUGGCAGUGCCAGACAUGUCCCCCUGCUUAAGCCAGAGCAGUCUGACUCUGGUGGCGCUCAACAGAGACGUAAGAGGGUGCUGUCCUCUGAGGAAGAGGAUGGGGGAGAGGGGAGGAGCUGGUGCCCAAGUCCAAAGACGGCCAGGUUCUAUCGUUUGGGCAGAAGCAGAAAGUCUUCAUCGGAGAAGUCGAAAUCUAAGAAGUCUUCAUCAGGCAGUGCAUCUCCUGAACCAGAUAUGGCCAGCACUGAUAAACAGAGGAAGAGGCAGAAGGAGGGCCAGGGGGGGACACAGUUAGAGGUGGUGCUGGAAGCCUUCCUGGACUUCUGUGACCAGUACAGGGAGUCUUUGGAGUCCAACACUUUGAAAGAGUGUGUUGAUUCUUUCUCCUCCAAUGUGGAAAAUCAGCUCUUAGAAAAGAUCUCUACUUCCAAGGAGCUAAAGGUUUUAAAAAGAGAAAACAUAAAGGUGGCUUCUUCAAUCCGUACAAAGACAAAGAGACUGUUGGAUGCCAAAAAUGAGCUGAUGGGGGGGGAGAGGCAGGUGUGUUUGCUGCAAAAGGAGAAAUCUGAACUUAAAGCACGACUAGCUGAUCUGAGACGAGGCCAAGCCUUCCUGCACGACAUCAGAGAGCUCAACACACAAUACCUGGACUACCGACACAAACACCCCAAAGAAAAAGAGAUGUAUGGUGCCUCCAGCUUGCCAGCUCUGCUAUUAGAGGCCAAGAGUAUUCAGGCAGAAGAACUUCAGCCAAAAGGAAACAAUGAAGAAGAACAAAACUCAGAAAUAAUGCACUAUACCCCACACACUGACAUUUCUUAAACCAGUAAAUGGAAAAGUGACAUUAUUUAUUUUUGUGUUUAUAUGAUUAUUUAGUUUGAUAAAGAUAAAUGUAACGCUGGGAGAAAGAAGGAAGGAAACGUAGAGGAUCCCCAGAUCGAAAUAUAAUCCUGUUCGGUAACCUUACUAAUCACAUUAAAAUACCUUGAACCACUUGCAGGAAGUUUUGGUUUUGGUGAUGUGGUUUAUUGGUUUUGUGUUCAAAGUUAUGUUUUAAUUCUUCUAAAUCAUCUUUAAAUAUAAAUGUUACAGUACCCUACAUUUAAUGUGUUACUCCAUCCAAAAUA